AUGAUUAUGGCUCAGUCCUGUCCUCUCUCACUACUCCUCUUGGUGACUGUCAACGCAGCAGGUGUGUAUGGGGUCAGAAUCAUCGGGGGUCAAGAGGUCCAGCCCUACUCCAUCAAGUAUCAAGUCUCCCUACAGUACUACAAUUACCACUUCUGCGGGGGCACCCUCAUCCAUCCACAGUGGGUGGUGAGUGCCGCCCACUGCUGGAGACCGAGCCACAUGCUCAAAGUUGUCCUGAGUGAGCACAACCUGCGUUACAGAGAGGGCUUCGAGCAGGAAUUUGGCGUAAUCAGAGUCAUCACCCACUACCUGUACCACUACAGGACGUUUGACAAUGAUAUCAUGCUGAUCAAGUUGGACCGGCCAGCUACCAUGAAUGCCAUGAUCCAGCUGGCCAUUUUGCCCGAUCCAGACUCGCCCCCCUUGAACGACACCACCAGGUGUACAGUCAGUGGAUGGGGUGUGACCCAGAUCUACAACCACUAUCUGUCCCCUGUGCUGAGGGCUGUGGAUGUGGACUUCAUCCCCAAUUGUCAGUUCUACUACUACUUCAGGAUCACUGACAACAUGAUCUGUGCCGGCUCUAGGUUUGGAGGCAAGGACUCCUGUCAGGGUGAUUCAGGAGGGCCUCUUAUUUGUGAUGGAAAAUUUGAGGGUGUUGUGUCCUGGGGUAUCAGCUGCGCCAACGCAUACUUCCCUGGUGUCUACACAAAGGUCAGAAACUACGUUCCCUGGAUCAACUGGAUCAUCCAGAUUCACAGCUAG